AUGUUUAUUGGUGCAAGGUUUCUAAUCGGGUUCGGGCAUUCUUUCGCUGGAUUAGCUGCCGCGUCACCCAUGUUGAUAACAGAGGUCUCGUACCCGUUAUACCGCGGACCUCUUACAUCGACGUACAACGCACUUUGGCAAGGAGGUGCAAUCGUGGCCGCCUGGACUACAUUCGGCACAUUUAGAAUUCAUAACACUUGGUCAUGGCGUAUUCCUUCUGCUUUUCAGGGUAUACCGGCGCUGGUUCAAGUGUGCCUCAUCCUUUUCGCCCCAGAGUCCCCGCGUUGGCUCAUAGGAAAAGGAAGACACGACGAAGCUCUGAAGACGCUUGCGUAUUAUCACGCUGACGGUGACGAGAAUGAUCCACUCGUUCAGUAUGAAUUCAACGAAAUCAAGAAUGCGAUCGAGUUUGAUCGCACGGUUGCUGCCAACGUAGGGUGGUUGUCCCUUAUUGCGACACCUGGGAAUAGAAGACGUUUGCGUAUCAUCGUGGCCCUUGCGUUCUUCUCACAGUGGUCUGGAAAUGGUCUCGUGUCGUACUACUUGAACAAAGUCUUUGAUUCCAUUGGCAUCAUAGACCCUACUAUCCAGUUGCUGAUCAAUGGCAUCCUGCAAAUAUGGAAUCUGACUUGGGCUUUAUUGGGCGCAGCGCUAUGUGACCGUGCAGGUCGUCGGCCACUCUUCCUGGUGUCGACGGCGGGAAUGAUCAUUUUCUUCACGCUGCAAACCGUCUGCUCAGCGCAAUUCGCUAUUCACGGGUCCACUUCUGCAGCCCACGCCGUCAUCGCUUUCAUAUUCUUGUUCUAUGCUUCCUACGACAUCGCGUUUAGUCCCCUUAUCACCUCGUAUGCGGUGGAGGUUCUGCCGUUCGCUUUGCGCGCUAAAGGAUUCACGGUAUACAAUAUCUCGCUCUCGUUGUCCCUCAUCUUCAAUCAAUAUGUCAACCCCGUCGCGCUAGACGCAAUCCAGUGGAAAUACUACAUCGUAUACUGCUGCUGGCUCGUCUUCGAAUGGGUGUAUCUGUAUCUCUUCGUCGUCGAAACGAAGAAUCGGACUCUUGAGGAGACGGCGGCCUUAUUUGAUGACGAGCAGGCAACCCACCAUAUACAGGGCCACACUACUGCCAUCGAAAUUCAGAGAGACGACAUCAGCGAAGAGAAAGAGAAGGAUUGA